GGAACUUCCUUGUUGUCAAAAGACAGAAUGGAUGCUGUGAUUUUAGCUAACGUUAGCUAGCUAAAUAACUUCAAAGUAACAUAGAUACCCAGUUAAUUGCAAUAAUAAUUGUAAUCUCUCCAUUUGUCCAACUCUGCCAGCUUUUAAACCAAGGUACGUGUUUUAUCGUAUAAAGCUAGCUACUUAACUUUGGAUGCGAUGUUGAGGAAGAUGCUUCCAUAGAUAGAACAAUGAGCAAAUAUUUGAUGCUUCAACUAGUUGACUAGCCAGCUAGUAGUUAGCCAGGUCAUCUUCUAGCUAUUUUACAUUUCUUUUUCUGCUAUUGCAGGUUUUUGCGUUAUCGAAAUGGGGAAAGGCUGCAAAGUUGUGGUGUGUGGUUUGGCAUCUGUAGGAAAAACAGCCAUCCUUGAACAGCUGUUGUAUGGCAAUCACGCUGUUGGUAAGUUAAUGACGGUAAACUUGAAUUUGGCUGUGCUUGUGAGAGAUGAACACUGUGUAAAAUGUGUUUGUAGUGUUCAAGAGGAAUCAACAUUGUAUUGGAAAAUAUAGCCUGUAAUGUCCAGUUAUUUGGAACAAAACAGUGUUCUUCUUUUCUUUCACUGUGCAACUUUAGCAGAUUAAAUCUGUAACUAAGUAUAUGCAUGGCUUCAUAUGAAGGUGUAUUGAAGACCAUGGUCUGGGAUGAAGCAGAUAACUGCUAAAUACCGUCCAGCAUGGUGUGAGGUUGUUGUGGCUUUAGAGCCAAUUUAUGCUUGAUCUGAAAAUGGGGUCAGAGGCGCGGUAUGGAUGAUGUGACGCAAUUGCGAAGCCCCGGAGGCACGCAGAGGCCAAAUUGAGGUCCGUACCGCAUCGCCAUGCGCCUCUCAAAUGUUGUAAGAGCCAAUUUAUGCUUAAUCUAUAAAUGUGGUCUGAGGCGCCAUAUGGAUGGUGUGACACAAUUGCGGAUCCUCUGGAGGCAAGCAGAGACCAAAUUGAGCUCCAUAUGGCAUUGAUGUGCUCCUCUCAAAUUUCGUAAACAAUGCUCCAUAUAACUCUGCAUUGACAUGAUUUGUUGAUUGGAGGUGAGGGCGGGAGGUACUGUAUAAACAACAGCUCUGCACUGCUCCACGAAGCCAAGAUGUAUGAAUUCCCUGAAUUCUACAAAGGCUGUAUCAUUGUAAAUGCUGAACGGCCAAUGCAGACGUCGGAUUGCUGCUCAUUGACUACAGCUCAGCCUUCAACACCACAGUACCCUCCAAGCUCAUCAUUAAGCUCGGGACCUGGGUCUGAACCCUACCCUGUGCAACUGGGUGCUGGACUUCCUGACGGGCCGCCUCCAGGUGGUGAAGGUAGGCAACAACACCUCCACUACGCUGAUCUUCAACACAGGGGCCCCACAAGGGUGCAUGCUCAGCCCCCUCCUAUACUCCCUGUUCACCCAUGACUGCGUGGCCACGAAUGCCUCCAACUCAAUCAUCAAGUUUGCAGACGACACAACAGUAGUAGGCCUGAUUACCAAGAAUGACGAGACAGCCUACAGGGAGGAGGUGAGGGCCCUGGCGGAGUGGUGCCAGGAAAAUAACCUCUCCCUCAACGUCAACAAAACGAAGGUGCUAAUCGUGGACUUCAGGAGACAGCAGAGGGAGCACUCCCCCAUCCACAUCGAGAAGGUGAAAAGCUUCAAGUUCCUCGGUGUACACAUCACUGACUAUCUGAACUGGUCCAACCACACAGACAGUGUGAUGAAGAAGGCGCAACAGUGCCUCUUCAAGCUUAGGAGGCUGAAGAAAUUUGGCUUGGCCCCUAAGACCCUCACAAAAUUUUACAGAUGCACCAUUGAGAGCAUCCUGUUGGGCUGUAUCACCACCUGGUACUGCAACUGCACCGCCUGCAACCACAGGGCUCUCCAGAGGGUGGUGCGGUCUUCCCAACGCAUCACUGGGGGCACAUUGCCUGCCCUCCAGGACACCUACAGUACUCAAUGUCACAGGAAGGCCAAAAAGAUCAUCAAGGACAUCAACCACCCGAGCCACCGCCUGUUCACACCGCUAUCAUCCAGAAGGCGAGGUCAGUACAGGUGCAUCAAAGCUGGGACCGAGAGACUGAAAAACAGCUUCUAUCUUAAGGCCAUCAGGCUGUUGAAUAGCCAUCACUAUCCGGCCUCCACCCAGUACCCUGCCUUGAACAUAGUCACUGUCACUAGCCGGCUACCACCCGUUACUGAACCCUGCACCUUAGAGACUGCUGCCCUAUAGACAUGGAAUCACUACUCACUUUAAUAAUGGAACACUGGUCACUUUAAUAAUGUUUACAUACUGUUUUACUCAUUUCAUAUGUAUAUACUGUAUUCUAGUCAAUGCCAUCCUAUUCAACAAUUGCUGUAUAUAUACUAUUCUAUCCUACGUGUUCUACAGAUAUACUACAUAUUCUAUCCACAUACUGUCCAUGUCUAUACAUUCUGUCAUAUAUACAUUUAUACACACACACACACUCCGACAUUGCUCGUCCUAAUAUUUAUAUAUUUGUUAAUUCCAUUGUUUUGCUUUUAGAUUUGUGUGUAUUGUUGUGAAUUAUUAGAUAUAAUAAUAAUAAAUGUCAUUUAGCAGACGCUUUUAUCCAAAGCGACUUACAGUCAUGUGGGCAUACAUUUUUACGUAUGAGUGGUCCCGGGGAUCGAACCCACUGUCCUGGCGUUACAAGCGCCAUGCUCUACCAAUUGAGCUACAGAGGACCACAUUACUGGACCAUUACUGCACUGUUGAAGCUAGGAAUACAAGCAUUUCACUACAACCGCAAUAACAGCUGCUAAAUAUGUGUAUGCAACCAAUAACAUUUUAUUUGGCUUGACCAUGCAGCGCCUUUAAGAGUUGAAUACCCCUGCUAUAGAAUAUAAAUACUGUAUUUAACCGAGAGUUGAGUGAGCACUGCCUACCUACAUUACCUACUAGACUGUUGUGUUGAACACAACCAUUGAAUGAUCCAUUGUCUUCUGUCUGUUGCAGGUUCAGAGUCCACUGAGACCCAGGAGGAUGUGUAUGUGGCAUCGGUGGAGACAGAUCGUGGUGUGAAGGAACAGUUACGUCUCUAUGACACCAGGGGGCUCCAUGAGGGCCUGGACCUUCCCAAGCACUACUACUCUGUGGCAGACGGCUUUGUGCUGGUCUACAGUGUGGACAGCCUGGAGUCCUUCAAGAAGGUGGACGUCCUCAAGAAAGAGAUAGACAAAUCCAGAGACAAGAAAGAGGUACUGGGAUUGUGAAUGAUUGAAACUCGCCCUAAGGGUUAAGUGUGUGUGGUUUAAAUAAAUAAAAAGUCAAAUGAGCCAGGUUUCGUUGAAUGUUUUGGCCACAAACAGCUAAUCAAUUUACAUCAGCAGUUGUCACAGUGCUUUUAUUCCAACCCGGCCUAGACCCCAAAGAGCAAGUAGAAUUACAUUGGCCAGAACAAAACAACUAUAAACCAAAACACAAAUCAGAACCUCAUACUAUCGCUGUUGAGUUUAGUUGGAGUGUCCCCUCUUCCGCCGUCUUCCUCCAGGUGAUGGUGAUCGUGCUAGGGAACAAGACGGACCUGCGUGAGCGUCGUCAGGUGGAGCAGGAGGCAGCGCAGCAGUGGGCGCGGGGGGAGAAGGUCAAGCUAUGGGAGGUCAGCGUCACUGAGAGGAACUCUCUCAUCGAACCCUUCACCAUGCUCACCAGCCGCCUCACACAGCCUCAGAGCAAGUCUGCCUUCCCUCUUCCCGGACGUAAGAGCAAGGCCACGCCGUCCAACGACAUAUGAACUGAACUCAACCUCAAGAGCGCCUGUUGGAAGUACUUCAGGGGGGAGAUGUUAGAGUAGGAUUGACGAGUUAGCCAGCCAACUUCAAUUAAUAUUCUGACUUCAUAUCGCCAUGAAAUAUCGGCAUAGACAUAGUAACUGACUCGACAUUCCAUAGACAACCCAUAUUAAAAUUAAGCUUUUUUUAAUGAACUAGCAAAUUAAGAGAUGUAUCUUAAUGUUUAUCGAAGUUAGCUGGCUAAAUGAGUGAGCCUGCUUUGUGGUAUCAUAGACUUCUCUGGUUUCAGUGUGCCCCAUCCUAUGGGAGGGCAAUAGUAGCCGCUUUACAGCAAGGUCUAGGCCCAUCUAAUGCGCCUUUUGGAGUGAGGCUUAUUACCUAGUGUAUGGCCUACUACCAUCUAGUGUAUGGCAUAUUACCAGUUUAAUACCUAGUGUAUGGACCGGUAGCAAUAAAACAAAUGGUACUACCUUGAUCAGGUCUGUUGCUCAUGUCUGUGAUUAUUAAAUGUCUUUCAUCAGUUGCACCCCAAAUGGUUGAUUUUGUUAAAAUAUUUUUAAAAACCUGUACUUUAUUAGCUUUGUACAUUUUUAUUUUGUUUAACUAAUUUAUUUGUCACUUUACUAAACUUAAAUUUCUAGUGGGUAGGAAUGGGAUAAAAUGUAGGACAUCAUUGUGUCUCAAUGAAAUGUCUGUUGGCUUCUGUGGUGCGUCCAAAUAAUAUCCUUUCUCCUGAAGUGUACACUC